CCCAAGACUGAGUGCAGAAGCUGACUUCCCUCUCUGGAGACCCAGGCUCUCCCAGGACAGCAAGGUCACCAUGACUCUGGAGAAGCCCUUUGUGCUGUUCCCACUGCUUGUCCUGGUGCUCUUAGGGCUAGGGUGGGUGCAACCUUCCCUGGGCAAAGAGUCCUCGGCUGAGAAGUUCCAGCGGCAGCACAUGGACUCAAGUGGUUCCCCUAGCACCAACUCCAACUACUGCAAUGAAAUGAUGAAGAAGAGGAGUAUGACACAGGGACGUUGCAAGCCAGUGAACACAUUCAUCCAUGAGCCCCUGGCAGAGGUGCAGGCUGUCUGCUCCCAGAAAAAUGUGCCCUGCAAGAACGGGCAGACCAAUUGCUACCAGAGCAUCUCCAACAUGCACAUCACAGACUGCCGCCUGACAAGUAAUUCCAAGUACCCCGACUGCUCAUAUCGCACCCGCCAGGAGGAGAAGAGCAUCAUCGUGGCCUGUGAGGGGAACCCGUAUGUGCCGGUCCACUUCGAUGCUUCCGUGGCAGCCUAA